AUGCCAUCGUCUAUCCCGGUGCCUCUCGCUGCCUACAUUGCUGAUUGUCUGGCACCUGACACACAAACGCUGGUGACCUCAGUCCUGACCACGCCGUCGCCAUGGCUGUCCCUGCGCCUCUUAUACGCGACCCUUUACGGAGUCGACGACGGCCCGAGGCACGCGCAGCAGACUGGCCAUGAAGUGGUUUUCGUGAGUCUGCUCAGGCCGUUGAGCUUGUGGGCGGAAAUGGGAAAGAAGAUGGGCCUGGACUUUGCUUCCUUGUUGAGAAACAGACGCAUCACAUACGUCGACGGGCUCACCGGCGGGAUCCCGUCGACCGCGGCUACUGCUUCUACUAUAGAGGCAGAUACACGCCAGUUACCGACGACGAGACCCAGGAGCAUUACUCUAAAGGAUAUCAAGGACGCUCUAGACGAUGUUUUGAGGAGGCCCUCUAUCUCUACAUCAACAAGACCCACGCCAUCUGGCCAUUUGUCCUCGUCGAGAUCCGCCGACGGAGUGUUCUCGCCUCGAAUCCCACCGGCCACAGCCAGCCCGUUCGCCCGCUCGGUCGGGGAAAAGCCUCUCAUCUUGAUCGACGGCAUCGACUUCUUGCUGGCCUCACAGCCGUCAGUCUCGCCCGUAGAAUUGCAAUCGUUUCUCGCCACUCUCCGCACGAAAUGCCAUGGAUUGAUGUUGACGUGCCAGGCCGACUCGCCAUUACUCCAUUGGUCCUCGACAUCUGGUCCAGGCCACGAGACACCGUUGGAGCGUAAUCAUGCACAUUUUCUCACAGGCCUAGCACACUCGGCGCGGUGGGUAUUUCAGCUACGAGGGUUGGACACCGGGAGUGCAAAGGAUGUCUCGGGCGUGAUUCGAGUGAGCAGAGGAGGCGACCGUGGCAUGUAUGAUGGCGUUGGUGUUGACGAUUCACCAGACAGGAGUCGCGAACAGGACCUGGCGGACGGCGAGUGGCUGUAUCAGCUUCAGGGUGACAGUGCAGUCAGGGUUUGGGCUCGUGGUGAAUAA